UUCAAUUUCGUCCGGAAUCACACAGAAUCGAUUCUAACCAUAGUGAAGUUCUUUAGUAAAAAAUCAAUGAAAAUACUAAGCAAUAUGUGCCGGAAUGUGUUUGAAUUUCGAAGAAAGUUACUCUAUGCGAAUUAUUCAAUAACGACACGCGAAUGCUCUUCACAUACAAGCGCUUCAAGAUUACGAAUUUUGUUCUUCGGGACGGACAACUUUUCUCUGCCCUCUUUGAAAGUCCUCAACAGGAGCAUGAAAUCCAAUGGCACCGUAUCGUCCCUGGAGGUGGUCACAUCGUUCAAAGCCAAACGAAACCCAUUGAAGGCGUAUUCGGAAGACGAGCGGUUGCGGCUGCAUGAUUGGCCCCUGACACGGCCAUCGAUCGGGGAGGACUUUGACCUGGGUGUGGUGGUGUCCUUUGGGCACUUGAUUCCCGAAUCGCUGAUAGCUGCGUUUCGAUUAGGAAUGUUAAAUGUUCACGCUAGUCUGUUACCGAAAUUAAGAGGAGCUGCUCCGAUUGUGCAUGCCAUUCGGAAUGGUGACCAGGAAACUGGAAUCACCAUCAUGAAGAUCAAACCUAAGCAUUUCGAUGUUGGAGAGAUUCUAACACAAAGACAUGUUCCAAUAACGGAACACAUGCUGAUGCCAGAACUUCACAGUCAGUUGGCCGAAAUCGGAGCCUCGACUCUGCUUCACUGUGUUGAGAACUUGGAACAGUACUAUUCGGCGCUGAAGGCCCAGAAUGGUCAAGAUGCUACUUAUGCCCCUAAAAUUGACGCACAUUUCUGCGAAAUCCGGUGGACCGAGAUGACUGCCCAGCAGGUCUACGACCUGUACCGGUCUCUGUACUCGUACAAACCUUUGACAUCAAGACUGGGGAACGACCUGGUGAAAAUUUUCAAACUUAGUUAUCCUUCUCAGGGCAAGCAGUGCGAUCCCACGCUACCAGUAGGACAUAUUCAAUACUGCCGGAAGACGAAGCGGUUACGAGUGGGUUGUCGAGAUGGCGGCCAUGUGCUUCUAGAGCAGUUGUCCAUCGGAGGGAAGAAAGUGAUGAAUGCUCAAGAGUUCAACAAUGGGUUUCUCAGCAAGUUGGCACCCGAUGACAGGGUGUUCCGGUAGAUAGGUAGGACAAUAAAAAAUAGUUGAAUGUAAGCGCGCUUUCCUUAUGACAGGUUAGGAUGACAUUAUAACUUAAAAACUGAUACCAUU